AUGAAUAAUAAUAACAGAAAUGACCAACCAUCAUCGUCGAAAUCACCACCGCUAUCGUCUAGUCGUCAUAGUACACCAGCAUUAUCGUCUAGUCGUCACAGUACACCAAUACUAGCUCGAAGAAGCUCAUCGAAAAUCAGUUCAAGAACAGUUUCCAGUCCAGGACGUGCUUCAAGUAGACGGGGAGGAGGAGUUUCCAAAACACGUAUUUCUCAUGGUGGUGGUAAUAAUACAUCAACAAGAACAACACAAUCAACAACAAAGAAGAAAGGAACAAAUGCUGAGUUGCAUAUUAAUACGGAUGAUGAAAUGGAUGCUGCUGCUGAUGGCAUCCAGAAUUCAAGUCAACAACAACAGGAUAAAUAUGAGCAAAAAAUUUUAUUAAAUACAUCAACUGCGAGUGCUGAUACAGUUAUCGAUCAAAACUUAAAUGUUAAGAGGAAACUAUUUAAACGUGCGAAUGAAUAUUUUACAUUUAUUGAUGGUAGUAGAAAAUACAAAUGUUCAAUUUGUACCCGGGAAUACAAAUCUGAUACAUAUUCAGACUCCAAUCUACGUAGUCAUCUUGGUUUUCAACACGGAAUGCAUCAAUAUUUAUUUCCAUCUCAGCUGAAACAAAGAGAACGUCACCAAAGAAAACCAACAAUAAUAACACACCAAGUUAAACAAGAAUUUGAUGCAGCAGCCAUUCAAUGUAUCGUCGAUGAUGGCCUCGCCUUCGGAAUUUUUCGACGUUCUGGAAUGCAAGGAUUUCUUGCAACAGUCGUGCCUGGUUAUCGUGGUCCAUCACGACAAACAGUUCGUAAAACUGUACAUAAAUUAUAUCAACAACAUCGUUCAUCAUUACGACAAACACUCAAAACUGUUCUAUUCAUAGCAUUAACAACUGAUUUAUGGGUAAAUUCUCGUCGAACACAUUUCUUGGCGAUUACAGCUCAUUAUUAUAAUGAACAUUUUCAGUAUUCAUCAGUCAUUAUUUCGUUUCGUCGUUUCCGUGGCCGGCAUUUAGCUGAACGUUUGCGAUCAUUUAUUAUUAAAGAAAUUGAUAAGUUAAACAUUCAAAUGAAAAUUGUAUCUGUUACAGUUGACAGUGGAAGUGACAUUAAAGCUGCUGUAUCAGUAUUUCAAUGUGGAACACGAUAUUCGUGUGACGCCCACAAUAUUAAUUUAACAAUAUCAACUGGUUUGGGUCUGUGGAAAAUUUCGAAAUCAAAAAGGUAAACAAUUAUCCAUCUCUGCCGAAAAAAAGGUCCGAGAUCUUGAGCAUUCAAGUUUUCACGGGUUUCAAACGAAAAAGCAACUCUCGCCUGAAGCUUUUCAUAACUUCAUCACUUGCACUUAUUCUCAAAUUUUCUGUUACAUUUUCUUUGAUUGUAAGACGUCGCCCAACAUACGACUAACAUAACUUUAUAUUUUUUAAAUAAAUUAUUAUUAUAGUUAUAAUAUAAUUUUAUUAAAUACUAUUGAAUUAUAUACUAUAAAAAAUAAUUACAUUAUAAAUAAUAUUAAAUAUAAUUUAAACUGGUAUCGACUAAAAAUAUUUACCUUCUAUAAUUUCUAACAUACGGGGCACCCCAUGUAUAAUCCUGUAUCGAGUCAUGGUAAAUACCGGAUAAUCUUUUUAACACAUGUAAUAUGUAUUAAAAUGAAUAAAAACUUAUUGAAUAAUAAAUUUAUUGAAAUAAAAAAUAACUUAAUUUAAAAAUCCUAAAAAAGAUUUAACAUCCAUUCAAAAUAUAUAAAACAAAUAGAAAAAAUGUUGAACUGAAUAUAAUCAGGUUACCAAUGGUCUAGACGCCUAACUUUUUAAACUAACUGAU